AAAAAUAAUAAUGUUUCUCUUUUUGUUUCAUUGCUUUUAAAGUGUUUUUAUUUUUUUAUUUUUUUUGGGUAAUCACUUAAUGUAUAUAGUUAUUCUUAUUUACUUAGGCUUCUAGAAAUCAUAAUGUAAUAAGCUCUUUUGAAUUAUUUUGUUUAUUCUAUGGAUCUCAUUGUUUACUGGGAGCAAAUAUUCAAGAAAUUGCUUUCUUUUUUAAGAUUGUGGCUCCAAUAUCUAGAGUUGAGAAGCUUGUUAGAUUUUUGUGGAUGAUGUGCUGAGGGAGACGAGCGGUUGUUAGUAGCGGAGUAUAUGCCUAAUGAUACUCUCUUCAAGCAUCUCUUUCACUGGGAGAAACAGCCACUGCCAUGGGAGAUGCGUGUGAGAGUUGCAUACUACAUUGCACAAGCACUUGAUCAUUGCAACACGGAAAACCAAAAAAUAUAUCAUGACUUGAAUGCAUACAGAGUCCUCUUUGACGAGGAUGGUGACCCACGGUUAUCUAGUUUUGGCCUUAUGAAGAAUAGUCGAGAUGGAAAAAGCUAUAGCACUAACCUGGCUUAUACUCCGCCUGAGUUUCUGAGGACAGGUAUGCCAGUUUUUCUUACAUUGUUAAUGCCUUCUCUUUGAUUUUUAUUUGAUAAAGGGAUUUAAAUGUAAACAGAUAUUCAUUUCUAAUAUUGGAUAUAGACAUUAAUUAGAGUAAAAGUGAACUAUUGGAAGAAAUGGAGAAGAAU